UGGGACCAUGGCGGGUCGGAACUUAGCUCUGCGCUAUGGUGCCCCCUGGUCCCCCAUCUCUGGGACUGAGGUACCUGGAUUCUGGCCCAGCUGGCAUCUCACCAGCAGUGGCGUCGCUCACCGCUUUAUCCCGCCCGUGCCCUUUCCUCCGCCCACUGUGCAGUCCACGGUCGCGGAGCCCCUGCCCGCAGCCGCAAAGCAGGAUUUGCAUAUCUGGGCUUUCGACGAGGUCAUCAACAGAUGGGAGACAACCUCGGGCUCAGCUUGUGUGCCCAAGACCCACGGCGGGCCCUAUGCGCAGCCCGAGGCCCCAGAUCUUGCGGACCCCAGGCGGACUGUGGGGAUCAAGGAUUUAGGGGAAAAACUCAGACACCGCGGCUGGCGCCUCCCUCUGACCACAAAGUACCAGUGCAGUGAGACUAGGGCGCAGUACACCGGCUGGCCCGGCCUGGAGCCGCCCUCCACCACCCAUGUCGGUCCCCAGCCCCUGGAGCUUGCAGACCACCACCGCGGGGGUCCUUCCCAGGCUCUAAUCCCCUGGACGAAGAAUUCCAAACUGGCCGGCCGGCCUUUCACAGUAUCUGACCAGGGCAUCCUGGAUCGCCAUCAGCCCUAUCUGACCACGACGGCUCGGGACUUCAAGGCCUACUCGAACAAGGAGUUGUCGGGAUGCCCUCCCAAGGGCUCGCUGACCUACUGGAGCUUCGAGGAGACGCCCCAGGUCUGGGGCCACGGCCCGAAGCAGCAGCCCAGUCCGCACUCUUCUCGGCUGCCUCGGCCACCGAAAAUCCGCGUGCCUCGCGGCAGCCUAAUGACGCCAGCUGUGCCGCAUUGCGGGGCGCUGUCUCUGGCUCAGGAAUCCUACAGACCCCCGCUGCACCCACUCCACCGGCUCGACCGUUUCUGCCCGCUAGAGCUGCCCUGGGGCGGCCCCCACUGGAAGCCCGUGUCAGGCAUCUACAGCGUGCCACAAGCUUACCGCACCGAGAACUCCAACUAUGGCAGCUUAAAGCUCGCGCUCGUCUGAGACAGACAGACCAGCCCCGCCCUGGACACGCCCCCCCGAGCCUGGAAGUCAGCGACUAGAAGCUAACCGGGCGGGACUAAGACCUGGAACCCCGCCCGUCACUUGGGGGCGGGGCAGAUCUUGGGGACCAACCCCCGAGCCGUGGGCGGGGCGAAUCCCACAUCCCUCUAGUCGAUUGCGGGGGCGGGACUGAGCCUGUUAAGUAUACUCAGGGUUGUGGGCUGGCGGAUGGGACACGCCUUCUGCGGGACAGAGCUUAAUGAGAGUUAAAUACCCUAAACCACUCUCUUUGCUGGGUUCGGUUCCGGCAUUCUGGCUGCUGGGGCCCUGAGUGUGAGGGAAGUGGGGUUCACGCUGAAUACCCUGUGGAGGGGCGGCUCAUCUGGUUGCCGGCGGAUCCCCCACCUCUGGUUACAGAAUCCAGUAUUGAAGCCAUGUCCCUCCUAAGAGGUUGGAAAGUCUAUGGUAGAUGGAGCAGGGUUGAGGCGUCAGUCCCUCACCAUUCGAGGGUUGUCAGAAGGGCCCUGCUCCAGCCUCUGCCAGGCUCCCCUCUUGAUAGAGGCAGGCCAACACAGCAGAAGGCACAACUUAAGGCUUCCUAUCCCCUAUUUCUUAUGACCCCAACACGACUGCGCUAGCACCGGGGGACUGAGUCUGCAAAGUUAGCCUCACCAUGGGUGUCUUCGGCUUCUUGGUGUGGGAGCCAUUCAGGGAGCGGGUGGGGAAGGGGGGUGGAGUGGGCCACUGAGCCACUCCUUCACCUCCCUGACCUUGUCUGCUUCUCGCCCCCGAGGAGAUUAGUGUCCAGGUUACCCCACCAUGCUGCCACCCUCAGUGGCCUUGCCGCCCCCACAGCCUGCAGGUAUAAGACCAGGUAAACACGACAGAGGAAACACCAAAGAUGGAGAUGCUCCAGGUAAGACUGUAGGGCCCCUGGGCACCUUGCAACCCCAUCCAGGCCACAGCUGACAGGAAGACGGAGAGUCCUGUGACCUUGUGAAGGAGGCCUCUUUCUAGAAGGCUGUGGACAGCCAGCAGGCUUACUGUCAGGAGAAGGGAAGCAGGUGGAGCAGGGCCUGAGGGCAGUU